AUGGAGAUCUCAAAAACCUCAUCGCUUGUGAUGAUGAUACUUCUUGUGAUGAUUAUGUUAUGUUGCUUGCGAGCCAAGUCACAGGGAGUUUACUGCAGCAACCCUUACGAACGAUGCUUCCAGCAGUACAUAAAGUGUCCGGAAGAAUGUCCCACUACCAGUGCCGCAAACUCCAUGAAUAGAGUCUGUUACGUAGAUUGUAGUAAACCUCUCUGCAAAUCCGAGUGUCGCAGGCUAGGUCCAAACUGCUAUAGACCUGGUUCGGCUUGUCACGACCCGAGGUUUAUAGGUGGUGAUGGGAUUGUGUUCUACUUCCACGGAAAGAGCAACGAACAUUUUAGUCUAGUCUCGGACCCUGACUUUCAGAUCAAUGCUAAGUUCACUGGUCACAGACCCAUUGGUCGUUCUAGAGACUUCACUUGGAUCCAAGCUCUAGGCUUCCUCUUCAACUCUCAUAAGUUUUCCCUUGAGGCAACCAAAGUAGCCACUUGGGACCAAGGAAUCGACCAUCUCAAAUUCUCUUUUGACGGGCAAGAUUUAGUUAUCCCUGAGGAAAUUCUCUCAACAUGGUACUCCCCCGAAAGGGACAUCAAGAUUGAGAGAGCUACAAAAAUGAACAGCGUGACGGUGACGAUUAAAGACAAAACAGAGAUCAUGGUCAAUGUGGUUCCUGUGACUAAAGAAGACGAUAGGAUCCACAGCUACAAAGUACCUAAGGAUGACUGUUUUGCGCAUCUCGAGGUUCAGUUUAGGUUUUUCAACCUAUCACCAAAAGUCAAUGGAAUCUUGGGACGCACGUAUAGACUCGAUUUCCAAAACCCGGCUAAGCCAGGAGUCGCAAUGCCAGUGGUUGGUGGUGAGGAUUACUUUAGGACAUCAUCCCUACUCUCUCAUGACUGCAAGACUUGCAUUUUCACCGGAUCAAGUGGCUCGAUCAAAUCAGAGACCGAACAUGCACUGUUGGAUUGCUCUCGUGGGGCAUCUUCCGGAUACGGAAUCAUUUGCAGGAAGUGA